AUGACCACCGCAUCUAGCGACCCAGUGACAGCAGCGACACCAUCAUCAGAGCUGUCGCAAUCUAAUCUUCUUCACGGCAACAUUUCCCCAACACUUCGCACCUUUACAGAUACGGCAUAUGCACCAGCAGCACUCCAUCGCAUCCUUCCCCAUGUCCAACACACCCACCAUGAGCUAGAAUCUCACAGCCACAAGAUCCUGGAUUCUACCGACCCCGAUGAGCAAAUCCGGUUCCAGAAUCAGUUCACCUGGGAGAUUGCUAGGCAUCUCAUUGGAGAGGAGCUUGUCAUCUACCCAGCAAUCAGCGAAAAACUUAAGGACGGGCGUGCGCGCGUUGAGAAAGGUCGACGCGAGCACCAAGAGAUCAGAAAGCAGCUCAAGUCUUUCCAGGAACUAUCCCCGACAGAUCCCAAAUUUGCGCCGACACUGAAGGUGCUUAUUAAAGAUCUCAGUAACCAUAUGGAGCAAGAGGAAAAGGAGGAUCUCGCCAUUCUGGAAGACAGCCUGUCACAAGCAGAUAGCGAGGCUCUAUCACGGUCAAUUAACCGCACGAAGAUGUUUGCUCCGUCCAGAUCGCAUCCGUUGUCACCUAGUAAACAGCCUUUUGAAACAGCUGCCAGCUUACUGAUGGCGCCGAUGGAUAAGGUGGCUGAUAUUUUCCGGAAGUGGCCACAUCGAUCGGACGGAGAACGAGAAGAAGCCUAA